UAAUUGUCACAUACCACCGCAUCGUGUUUUCACAAUUGCUUGUUGUUCCAGAGUCGCUUGAAGAAGAAGCACGUUUCGUAACUUUCCCAGCAAAAUGCUAUCUCCAGGCGUUAAGGAAAGAAUUGGAGUUGUGUUUGAGGUGGUGAAAACUUCUUUUCACUGGGGUUUCAUUCCGACGCUGUUGUAUUUAGGAUUCCGCAAAGGAUCAGAACCCGGCAUGCCUCCGUUACAAUUAGCUAAUUUACUAUGGUAGUCAGUGUUGAAGCAGCAAUAUCGUAUAAUCCCGAGUGUAUGAUUUAACAUGGGAAUAAAUCACUAUUUGCUGUGGAAGAAGUAAAAAUAA